AAGAGGGAGGACGAAGAGGCCUCGUUACCAGACGUCGGAUAAUUAUGGUAUUUGUACGAUCAUGCUAUCCUCCGUACGAGAUACGGCCAAUAUUUUUUUAAGCUAUAUAGUAGGAUACUUUGAGCCCUUCAAUACAUGGCUAUUAGCAAACACUAACAGGGCACAUCCUGCAUUACGUGUGAUGAUGUGCAUUCUCACGUGCGUCUAUGCAGCCAGGCGGGGGCGCUGUUGCCAGUGUCAGCUUUUCUCCAUCAGUGCUGACAGUUUAUUUAAAGUCCAUUGCCGGUUCUGUGGGGACUUUUUUUAAUUUUUAUUUAUCUAUUUAGUGUUUUUUGUUUUUGUUUUUGUUUUUUUUUACCAACAAUGGCCUCGACAUCUACCUCAUCUGGACAGGACAUGGAGGAUGACUCCACAGAGUUCAUGUCUCCACGACAGCAGAGUUCCACCAUGUUUCCUCCACUACAUUCUAAAGACACACAGGCUCUGCUGAAAAGACGCGUUAAAAGGAAAAUGCCGAUGGAAGAGCACGUAAAAUCCCAGAAAAACAAGUACUUUCCAGGUUGGCAUUCUCAGGCGCCGUUAGCCCAAGAAAAAGAGCAGCCGCAGAGGCGAAGUGCGCCAUCUCCUGUUAAACUUCCUCCAUUGCAAUCCAGCGCCAAGGCGAAUCAUCGCUCCCUAAACGAAGUGUCAACCUCAUGUCCUGCGAAAAGACCCUUUUCCCUAAAGAAAGAUGCCAACCUGGACGCGCCCUCUGAAGUGCGAAUCUUCGAGCACAGCAAGGAUGACUACACCAUGGUCAGCACGGAUGGCGUGCUGUCCACGUGUCGGGAAAACUACGACUUUGUAAGCCUGGAGCGCUUCGAAGAGGAGUAUCAACUCCACCGCAAGCUGGUUCUCAUCCCGUUUUUUGCCCGCUUCAAAUUGUUCAAACCUUUUUAUAUCUGGCAUAAAAAAGUGUGCGCCAAGAAGAUCCACAUGGCUCAGGAAGCCCUCAAGGAGAACCUGUUCAUGAUCAAUCCGUCGCUAAGCUUUGCACUGACCGACAUCAGGAAGAUGUGUUACCACAUCAGAACCACAAACUUGUGUCACAUUGAGAAGAAAUACACGUACACUCUGCAGGAGUUUCAGACUGCUCAGGCGGAACAAGUGGGAGAGGCACUGAAUGACCUUCAGAAAUUCCAAAACCUGCUGAAGGAAGUGACAAUGAGUGCCUGUUGUAACUUCCUGUCAGAAUAUGGCGACAAACUGAGUGAAAUCCAAAUCCUGUUGGGCAUCAGCAAGGGUUUCUUCUGUAAGCGCCUCAUCUGCUUCAUACGUCUCGUGGACUAUCUGAUGGUCAACACCUUGCACAUGCUGUUUGUGAGCGCGGUGGAGAAGAUGCUGGCUGUGUUCCAAGAGCAGGUGGCUCAAAUCCCUAGCCGUGAAGUCAUUGAAACCUGGGGCCAGCACCUUGAACCUGAAGCCCACUCUAGCGAGGAAAAGGUGGAUCGUAAAACUGCAGAGUCAGAAGCUGCCUACAGCCAGCCAAUGCUGACAACUGAACUUGUGCUUGACACCAAUGCACUGUCCUACAAACCUUCUGAGGAGAACUUUCAGGUGACCGUCGCAGCGAUCAUUGGGAAGUACCAGAAAACCGUCAUGUCAAUUGAAACUCUAACAGCAGAUCCGGAAUUCAUUUCACUUUUAACACAGGAUAACUUUGAGGAUGAAUAUGGAGAUGCUCCCAGUUUGGGCUCUGUCCUUGAAAACGACGGCUACAUCCAAAGUAUCGUCCAAAACAUUAAGGAAUCACUGCAGGUCACUUUUGAAGCUGCUGAAGUGUGCUCACGCAUGUUUGAGCGUUUUCAGCUGUUUUACAAGGAGAAUGAAGGUCUGGAUUUGGAUGCCCUACGGAAACAAGACCAUGAUUUGGAGUUUUUUCGAACAUCACUGGACUUGUAUCACAACGAGCAUGAUGAAGCUGAGGCUAUCCAGGAACAAAGACAUCUGGGCCUGCUGCUCGUGGACAAAACUCAGAUGAAAGAGAAACUCAUAAAUUCGCCCCUCCGCUGUCUGAAGGUAAUCAACGAGAUACUGAUGCACCAGGCGAAGAGGAAACUGGGAGCCGUCAUGGCCGAAGCGGGUGAAGCUCAAUUUAAACUCGAGCUCAGUCCCACGACGACAACGGAGUUAGCCAGCUAUCUCACCUUCCUUGAUGAGAUACCAGAGAGGAUGAAAGUGCUGGAGAAGGAGCAGGACACCGUGUGUGAGAUGUACAAUCUCAUCAACAUAUCUUCCCUUCCCAUCACAGCGGAUGACGUGGCAUUCGCCUCCAUGGAGCCGUACAUGAACUCUUUGCACCUCAUCAUCAACGACGCCGUCUUUGACCGCUACAAAAUGAUGGACAAGUUUUCACUGGCCCUGCAGAAAGACAUCAAAGAACUCAACCAAAAGGUCAAGAAAAUCAAAGAAAAGUCUCAGGAUCCACAAAUCUUAGACAUCAAUGCAGAUUUUACCCAAGUGCGUGUUCUGCUUGAGGAGAUCCAAAUUUCCAUUGAUGAGCUGCAGGCCCAGGCCUCAGCGUAUACAUCCUACCAGAAACAAUUCAAGUUGGAGGUGACCAAAUUUGAUGACUUGGAUGAUCUCAAAGCAGAGUUUCGACUCAAGAAGCUCCUUUGGGACUCUCAGGAGGAAUGGGACUCAUUACAAGACAAAUGGAAACAGAACAUGGUUUUGCAGCUGGACAUGGAACAGUUGAACUCGCAGGUCAACAGAUACAACAAGUACAUCAGCCAGAUGGAGAAAGGCUUGCCACGCAACAACGUUGUGCCUUGUCUGAAGGAUAAGGUUGAACUCAUGAAACAGAGGGUGCCUGUGAUCACAGAUUUGCGUAACCCGUGCAUGAAACCAGAGCACUGGAGGACCUUGGAGGCUGUGGUGGGGAGCUCCUUGAAUGUGGAGCAGCUCACUAUGGCUGUUAUGGAGGAGCUCAAUGUCUUUUCCUAUGGCAUGGAGAUACAGGAAGUGUCAGCACAGGCUUCAGGGGAGGCUUCAGUGGAAACCAUUAUUAAUAAGGUGGAGGAUGUGUGGUGGACUACGACCUUCACUCUGCUGCAGCAUGGUGACUCCAAGGAGGUCUUUAUCCUGGGAGGCACAGAUGAUAUCCAGGUGCUCUUGGAUGACAGCAUUAUCAACGUGGGCACAGCGGCAUCGUCCCGUUAUGUUGCUCCCAUCAAAGCCCGCGUGGAUAAACUACUGAUGAGACUGAUCCGCUUCAACCAAACUCUGGAUGAGUGGCUUACAUGCCAAAGAAACUGGCUAUAUUUAGAAAGUAUUUUCUUGGCCCCAGACAUCAAGAGGCAGCUCCCUGCGGAGUCAAAAAUGUUUCUCAAAGUGGACAAGUCCUGGAAGGCCAUCAUGGCCAAAGUCAAAAAGAUGCCCAAUGCCCUGAAAGCUGCCACACAGCCUGAUCUCUUGGAAACUUUUCAGGAAAAUAAUGUUCUUUUGGACAAGAUACAAAAGUGUUUGGAAGACUACCUGGAGUCCAAGAGGGUCAUAUUCCCCAGGUUCUACUUCUUGUCUAAUGAUGAACUGCUGAAGAUCUUAGCCCAGACCAGGAACCCACAAGCGGUGCAGCCUCACCUGAGAAAAUGCUUUGAUGCAAUUACACACCUGGAGUUUGCUUUGGUGUCUGACCAGUCAGCUACAGGUACAGCUACAAUGGAGCCUGGUGAACAGGAGAAGGUCUACACCAAGGAUAUCUUGAAUAUGGUCUCCCCUGAAGGAGAAAAGGUGGGUUUAACCAAAGGUCUGAAGGCGAGAGGUAACGUGGAAGAGUGGCUUUGCAAGGUGGAGGAGGCCAUGUACAACUCACUGCGACAGCUCAGCAAGGCUGCCAUUGCAGACUAUCAACUGCAGUCCAGGGAGGAAUGGGUGGUGUCCGGCUUUCCUUCUCAGGUGGUGUUAACAAUCUCCCAGAUGAUGUGGUGCAAGGAUAUGGAAGCCUGUCUGGAGGGAGACCAUGACCACUUUGCUGCCUUGCAGGAGUUUGAACACACCAACUUUGAUAGGCUAAAUGCCCUGGCAGCUUUGGUCAGAGGACACCUACCCUCUCUACACCGCAAUAUCAUCACUGCCCUCAUCACCAUCGAUGUACACGCCCGCGACAUCGUGACAGAUUUAGUCCAACAAAAGGUGGACUCCAGGACUAACUUUGAAUGGCAGAGACAGUUACGCUACUACUGGGACCUUGACAUAGACAACUGUGUAGCCACCAUGGCCUUAUCCACGUACAUUUAUGCUUAUGAAUACCUAGGAGCCUGCCCUCGGCUGGUCAUCACUCCACUCACGGACCGUUGCUACUUAUGUCUGAUGGGAGCUCUCCAGUUGGACCUGGGAGGGGCUCCAGCCGGGCCCGCAGGGACGGGCAAAACCGAGACCACAAAGGAUUUGGCUAAAGCCUUGGCCAUUCAGUGUGUGGUCUUCAAUUGUUCUGAUGGACUUGACUACAAGAUGAUGGGACGUUUCUUCAGUGGACUCGCUCAGUCCGGUGCCUGGUGCUGCUUUGAUGAGUUUAAUCGAAUCGAUAUCGAGGUGUUGUCAGUCAUUGCACAGCAGCUCAUCACCAUACGGAAUGCCAAAGCUGCUAAGCUUACCAAGUUUCGAUUUGAAGGCCGAGAGAUCAAGCUGGUGAUGACCUGUGCUGCUUUUAUUACCAUGAACCCAGGCUACGCUGGAAGAUCGGAGCUGCCUGAUAACCUGAAAUCGCUCUUUAGACCCUUAACCAUGAUGGUGCCAAACUAUGCGCUCAUUGCAGAGGUGAUUUUAUACUCGGAAGGAUUCGAGUCCAGUAAGAUUUUAGCGAGGAAGAUGACGCAGAUGUACAAGUUGUGCUCUGAGCAGCUGUCCCAGCAGGACCACUACGACUUUGGAAUGAGAGCCGUCAAGUCUGUGCUGGUCAUGGCAGGGUCACUAAAGAGAGAAAAUCCUCACCUGAGUGAGGAUGUGGUUCUUAUCAGAGCUCUGCGGGAUUCCAAUCUGCCAAAGUUCCUUACAGAUGAUGCAGAACUGUUUGGUGGCAUCCUGUCUGACCUGUUCCCUGGCGUGUGCAUCCCGGAGCAUGACUACGGUAUCCUGCAUUCAACCAUUGUCGACUGUAUAGUCAAGCGAAACCUGCAGCCCCUGGCCACCAUGGUCAAUAAGGUUAUCCAAUUGUAUGAGACCAUGAUCGUGCGACAUGGUGUCAUGCUGGUUGGGCCAACUGGUGGGGGAAAGACUGCCGUUUACACCGUCUUGGCAGAUACGCUGGUCACCCUUUAUAACUCAGAGUACAAGACCAGCAACCCCUUCUAUCAGCCUGUCAAGACUUACGUUCUCAACCCCAAGUCGGUCACCAUGGGAGAACUCUAUGGAGAGGUUAACAACCUGACCCUGGAAUGGCGUGACGGACUAAUGGCGCUGAGCGUCCGUGACGCGGUAGACGACGCCACCAAUGACCACAAGUGGGUGAUCUGCGAUGGGCCGGUUGAUGCCCUAUGGAUUGAGAACAUGAACACUGUGCUGGAUGACAACAAGAUGCUCUGCCUGGCUAACAGUGAAAGGAUCAAACUAUCACCAUCCAUACACAUGGUGUUUGAGGUGCAGGAUUUGGCUGUGGCAUCACCAGCCACAGUCAGUCGCUGUGGGAUGGUGUUCAUUGACCCGGAUGAACUCAAGUGGAUGCCCUACGUUCAGACAUGGAUCAGUGGUCUAGGCUCCAAAUUCCCAGAAGCAGUGAAGACAUGUUUGCUGGAGUUAUUUGAGCAGUAUGUGGAGGAUGGUCUACAGUAUGUGCUGAAACACUGCACCCAAGCAAUUCGCCAGGUGGACAUCAGUAAAGUCACCACCCUUUGUUCUCUGCUGGAAGCACUGCUGCUGGGCAAAGAAGGACUCGAUUUCAAUAUGGAUUCCAAGCGCCUCAACGAUGUACUAUGCCAGACUUUCAUAUUUUGCUACUUAUGGGCAAUCGGAGGCAACCUGCCCAGCGUUCACUGGGAUGAUUUUGACAACUUUAUCAGAGAGCAAUUUAAAGACAACAGCAAUGCUAAGAUCCCCACCGGCGGAGCCCUGUGGGAUGUGUACAUGAACUUUACCAAAAUGUCUUUGGUUCAAUGGGAGAAAAUAAUACCUUCAUUUGCAUACAACAGCGAGCAACCAUUUUUUGAAAUGCUGGUUCCCACCGCAGACACGGUCCGCUAUGGCUAUUUGAUGGAAAAACUGCUAUCUGUCCGUCAUUCCAUACUCUUCACUGGUUCUACCGGAGUGGGGAAGUCCGUGAUAGCUCGAGGCCUUCUCAACAGUAUCCAGGAAAAGAGUGGCUAUGUUCCUGUUUACAUCAACUUUUCUGCUCAGACCUCCUCUGCCCGCACACAAGAAAUCAUCGAGUCCAAGCUGGAGAAAAAGCGGAAGAACAUGCUUGGCGCACCAAAGGACAAGCGGAUCGUGGUGUUUGUGGAUGAUCUGAAUAUGCCCAAGCUGGACAGCUACGGCUCGCAGCCCCCCAUCGAACUCCUGCGUCAGUUCCAGGACUUUUCUGGGUUUUAUGACAGGGAGGCAUUCUUCUGGAAGGAGAUACAGGACAUGACGAUUGCUGCAGCGUGUGCUCCCCCGGGAGGAGGACGCAACCCCGUGACACCCCGAUUUAUCCGACACUUCAGCAUGCUGUGCCUGCCCACGCCCUCAGAACAAAGCCUCAAACAGAUCAUCAUUGCCAUCUUGUCAGGCUUCCUCAAAGAGUUCCCCCAGCCGGUGAAGGACUGCAGCAAACAGAUUGUGGAUUCGGCUGUCGAGAUUUACAACCGCUUGAGUGUGGAUCUGCUUCCCACGCCAGCCAAGUCUCACUAUGUCUUCAAUCUCAGGGACCUCUCCAAGUGUGUCCAAGGUAUCCUGCAAUGUGAGUCAAGCCAAGUGCGAGACAAGACCCAGAUCUUUCGUCUGUUCUGCCAUGAAUGUCAGCGGGUUUUCCACGAUCGUCUCAUCAAUGCCCAAGAUAAAGAGUAUUUCAACACCAUCGUCUGCGACACAGCCAGUAAAUAUUUUAGUAUUAACUUGGAGCCCUCAUACUUUGUGACUGAGCCCAUCAUAUUUGGGGACUUCAUCAAGGUGGGUGCCGAAAAGGAAGAACGUUUGUACGAGGAUCUUACAGACUUGGAUAAGAUUCAGAAUGUCCUUCUGGACUAUCUCUGUGAUUACAACAUGACGUACUCUAAGGAGAGCAAGCUGGUGUUCUUCCAGGACGCCAUUGAGCACGUUUCUAGAAUUGCUCGCAUGAUUCGCCUAGAGCGAGGUAAUGGCCUGCUGGUAGGAGUAGGGGGCACGGGCAAGCAGUCCCUCACCCGGUUAGCGUCCCACAUGUGUGAGUAUCAGUGCUUUGAGAUUGAGCUGAGUCGAGGCUACAACUACGACAGCUUCCACGAAGACUUGAGAAGGCUCUACAAGAUGGCUGGCGUGGACAGGAAAGACACGGUGUUCCUUUUUACAGACACGCAGAUUGUGGUGGAGGAGUUUCUGGAGGACAUCAACAACAUGCUAAACUCCGGUGAGGUGCCCAACCUUUUUGAAAAAGAUGAGCUGGAGCAGGUGCUCGCUGCGACCCGGCCGAAAGCCAAAGAAGCUGGGAUCAGUGAGGAGAACAGGGAUGAGGUGUUCCAAUAUUUUAUCUCGCGGGUACGAGAGAAGUUACACAUUGUGCUGUGUAUGAGUCCAGUCGGCGAUGCCUUCAGAUCCCGCUGUCGUAUGUUCCCCUCCCUGGUCAACUGCUGCACCAUUGACUGGUUUGUGGAGUGGCCCCGCGAAGCCCUGCUCUCUGUUGCUCAGGCGUUUUUCCAGAAUGUGGACUUUGGCACUGAGGAGCUCAAGCAGAGCUUCUCGGAUUUGUGCGUGGAGACUCACCUCAGCGUCUCCCUCAUGGCCGAACGCUUCUACUUGGAGUUGAGACGUCGCUACUACACCACCCCCACGUCCUACUUGGAGCUCAUCAACCUCUAUCUGUCAAUGCUGGAGGACAAGAGGAAGCAGCUCGUGCUGGCGAGGGAUCGGGUGAAGAGUGGUCUGACGAAGCUCCUAGAGACCAAUGAUCUGGUGGCAAAAAUGAAAGUGGACCUUUCUGCUCUGGAGCCACUUCUCAAACAGAAAAACAUAGACGUUGAUGCCCUGAUGGAAAAACUCUCUGUGGACCAAGAGAGUGCUGAUGAGACGCGUCGAGUUGUAAAAGAAGAGGAGGCCAUGGCAAAGGUGAAGGCCGAAGAUACUCAGGCGAUAGCUGAUGAUUGCCAGAGGGACCUGAACGAGGCUCUGCCUGCCCUGGAGGGUGCCAACCAGGCUCUUAAUUCUCUGGACAAGGCUGACAUUUCGGAGCUGAAAGUUUUCACCAAACCUCCUGACCUGGUCAUGACUGUUAUGGAGGCUGUGUGCAUCCUCCUCAACUGCAAAACGGACUGGGCCAGUGCUAAAAAGUUACUGGGUGAUGCCAAUUUCACCCGAUAUUUGACUGACUACGACAAGGACAAUAUCAAGCCUCAGGUCCUGGCCAAGCUGCAGAAAUACAUUAACAACCCCGAAUUCGUACCCGAGAAGGUGGAGAAAGUGUCCAAAGCUUGCAAGUCAAUGUGUAUGUGGGUCAGAGCCAUGGACAUUUAUUCCAGAGUCCUCAAGGAAGUUGGUCCCAAGAGAGAAGCGUUCGCCAAAGCACAGGAGGAGCUAGAGACCACCAUGGCGACACUGAGGGAGAAGCAACAACUGCUCCAGCAGGUGGAAGAUAAGAUCAGGGUUCUCCAGGAGAAUUAUGACAGCAGCUUGAAUGAGAAGCAGGAAUUGGUUAACACCAUGGCAGUGACACAGGCUCGGUUGACACGAGCAGGAAAGCUAACAUCCGCUUUAGGAGAUGAGCAAGUCCGCUGGGAGGAAAGUGUCGCCCUGUACGAUCAACAGAUCAUCGAUAUUGUGGGGAAUGUCUUCAUUGCAGCUGCUUGCGUGGCCUACUAUGGAGCGUUCACCUCUCACUACAGAAAGCUGCUUGUUGAUGACUGGAUAUCACAGUGCCAGAACCUGAGCAUCCCCAUCAGUUCCAGCUUCAGCCUUAUCAACAUUUUGGGCGACCCAUAUGUAAUCCAAAAGUGGAAUGCCGAAGGUCUGCCUCGAGAUACAGUGUCCACAGAGAAUGGAAUCCUGGUGACAGAGGGUCGCCGCUGGCCCCUCAUGAUUGAUCCACAGGAUCAGGCCAACCGAUGGAUUCGUUCCAAGGAGGCCAAACAUGGUCUAAAGGUGAUCAAGCUCACUGAUCCAAACUUUCUCCAUAAACUCGAAAAUGGCAUCCGUAUGGGCAUGCCUGUCCUGCUGGAGGAGUUAAAGGAGACCCUGGAUCCAGCUUUGGAGCCUGUCCUGCUCAAACAGACUUUCAUAGCAGGUGGAAGAACUUUGAUCCGACUCGGAGACUCGGAUAUUGACUACGACAAAAAUUUCCGGUUCUACAUGACAACUAAGAUGGCCAAUCCCCACUACUUACCAGAGGUGUGCAUCAAAGUUACGAUCAUCAACUUCACUGUGACCAAGUCCGGCUUGGAGGACCAACUGCUUGGUGAUGUGGUGUGCCUGGAAAGUCCUCAUCUGGAGGAGCAGAGGAACGAUCUGGUUGUGCGCAUCAAUAAUGACCGCAUCCAGCUGAAGGACAUUGAAAACCGUAUCCUCAAGCUUCUCUUCACCUCUGAGGGAAAUAUACUUGACAAUGAGGAGCUUGUUACCACUCUCCAACAGUCAAAGGUGACAUCAGCAGCUAUCAAACAACGUUUGGAGGAGGCAGAGGCCACUGAAUUGAUGAUCAACAAUGCAAGAGAGGGUUACAGAUCUGUAGCCACUCGAGGCUCUGUCCUCUUUUUUGUCAUUGCCAGUCUCUCUGAGAUCGAUCCAAUGUACCAGUUCUCCCUCAAGUACUUUAAACAGCUCUUCAACACGAGCAUCGAGAUGUCAGAAAAGAGUGACAUAUUGGAAGAACGUCUGCAGAUCCUCCUGGACCAGAUCUUACUCAACUCCUACAUAAAUGUUUCCAGGGGCCUGUUUGAGCAACACAAACUUAUCUACAGCUUCAUGUUAUGCGUGGAGAUUUUGAAGCAGAGAGGUGACAUCUUAGACCUUGAGUGGCAGAACUUCAUUAGGUCUACUGCAGGCCUGGAAAAGGAAUAUCCAGAGCGGCCAGAUGUCCCUUGGUUGAGUGAUGAUUACUGGCAGACAUGCUGUGAACUUGAGGAGUCACUGUCCUGCUUCAAGGGCAUCUCAAAUGAAAUCAUUGCAACCCAUAUCGAUGUUCAGCUAGGACGUUUUGAGACAUCUUUUAAUCCAAAGGAGUGGGAGGGCUAUGUGUCGAAGUUGCCACCUCUGGUUGAGUCCAAAGAUGGGAAAGAGCAGAGCGGAAUCCGAGGCCAUUGGAAUGAAAGGCUGAGCUCUUUCCAGAAGCUGGUCCUUAUCAAGAGCUUCAUGGAAGAGAAGGUUGUUUUUGCAGCAACAGAAUUUGUGAUUGUCAGCUUAGGGAAGCAGUUUGUAGAAAACCCACCCAUUGAUCUCGCUAAUCUAUACAACGACAUGUCGCCAUCGACGCCACUCGUCUUCAUCCUCAGCACUGGCUCCGACCCCAUGGGCGCCUUCCAGCGCUUUGCAAACGAGAGGGGAUGUCUUGAAAGGGUGGAGUCCAUUUCUCUGGGCCAAGGACAAGGGCCCAUAGCAGAAAAAAUGAUCCUGUCAGCAUUAGCGAGUGGAGGCUGGGUUUUCUUGCAAAACUGUCAUUUAGCCGUCUCUUGGAUGCUCCCCAUGGAGGAGAUCAUUAAGACAUUUGCUGAGCCUGACACGUCAAUCCACGAGAACUUCCGUUUGUUUCUCAGUUCCAUGCCCACCAAAGUAUUUCCAGUUACAGUGCUGCAAAACUCUGUCAAGGUGACUAAUGAACCUCCCAAAGGCCUACGAGCCAACAUUCGGCGAGCCUUCACCGAGAUCUCCAGCAAUUUCUUUGAAGAACAUGUGCUAGGGCUGCAGUGGAAGAAGAUGGUUUUCGGAAUCUGCUUUUUUCAUGCAAUCAUUCAGGAGCGUAAGAAGUUUGGCCCUCUGGGCUGGAACAUCCGCUAUGAGUUCAGUGACAGUGACAGGGAGUGUGCUCUGCUCAACCUCAACCUGUACUGCAAAACUGGCACUAUUCCUUGGGAUGCUCUCGUAUACAUCACGAAUGAGAUCACGUAUGGAGGCAGAGUGACAGAUGUCUGGGACCAACGCUGCCUCAGGACAAUCCUUAAAGGCUUCUUUUCACCAAAGACCCUUGAGCCUGGCUACGCCUUUUCAACAUCUGGCAUCUACUACGCCCCAGAGUCAGAAACCAUGGACCUAUAUGUAGAGUACAUUGAGAAUCUUCCAAUCAUUGAUGACCCUGAGGUGUUCGGCAUGCAUGAGAAUGCCAACCUUGCCUUUCAGCGCCAAGAAACCAUGAAUCUCAUCAACACCAUUCUGGACGUGAAUCCUCGCUCUUCAGCCCAAAUGGGAGCCAAAAGUAAUGACGAGAUUGUGUGCGAACUUGCUGACUCCAUACUUGCAAAGCUACCUGAGAGCCUUGACAUGGACGAGGCCAUCGAAUCUAUUUUUGAACGAGAUGAUAACGGUCGUCUCAACUCCUUAACAACUGUGCUGGGCCAGGAGGCUGACCGCUUCACUAAACUGGUGCGAUUGCUAAGGGUGUCUCUCAUCACUCUGCAGAAGGCCAUAGGAGGUCUGGUGGUGAUGUCUGAGGAGAUGGACAGGAUGUACACAAGCUUUGUGAACAACCAGGUUCCCGCCCACUGGUCAAACUCCUCCUACCCGUCUCUUAAAGGCCUGGCCGCCUGGAUCAAAGACCUGAACCUCAGGAUCUACUUUGUCCAGUCUUGGAUCACACGUGGCCACCCCAAAUCUUUUUGGAUCUCUGGAUUCUUCUUCCCUCAGGGCUUUCUAACUGCAGUCCUGCAGAAUCAUGCCCGGCAUUACAAUUUGCCCAUCGAUGAGCUCAACUUCCGCUUCAACAUGGUGCCCAUGUACAGGGACCAGAGCGCAGUGACCGAGGCUCUGCGCAACACGAGCAGCAGCGCUGAACUGGAGAUGGACAAAGAGUUGCCAGUGCCCGAAGAUGGCGUGCUCGUGCACGGCAUGUUCAUGGAGUCCAGUCGCUGGGAUGAUGACAACAUGGUGAUAGAAGACUCGUUACCUCGAGUGAUGGUCUCCACUCUGCCAGUGGUGCAUUUUGAGCCGCAGCAAAACUAUGAGGCUGAGCCCGGUCUCUAUCACGCUCCCCUGUACAAGACCUCCGCCAGGGCGGGAACUCUUUCCACCACAGGCCACUCGACUAAUUUUGUUGUGACAGUAUUGCUUCCGUCAAACCGACCCAGCGACUACUGGAUAUCCAAAGCCUCUGCUCUGUUGUGCCAGUUAGACGAUUAAGUCCAAUUUAAUCAAAAGUGAAUGCAUAUUUUCACAUUUUGAAUAACUUGACUGCGAAGGUUCAGCCUGUGUCAUAAAGCAUUCUAAAACAUGAAUGAUAUUAUCAGUUGGACAUUUUUUAUCCAGUUGUGCUGUCGAAGGUAGUGAUGGGGAAACUCCAUUCCUUUUACUGACUCCUGUUCUUAUGAUUCACUCACUCACUCACUCACUCACUCACUCAGUUGGACCCCAAAGCAGAUGGACACGGUGGUGCAAAAUUUAGAGAGACAUAGUCUUUCCAACGUGUCCUGGGUCUCUCCCGAGGCCUCCUAUCAGUCGAACGUGCCCUGAACACCUCCCCAGCGGGGCGUCCAGGAGGCAUCCUGACCAGAUGCCCAAGCCACCUCAUCUGGCUCCUCUCAGUGCGGAGGAGCAGCACUUCUACUUAGAGUUUGUCCCAGAUGACAGUGCUUCUCACCUAAUCUCUAAGGGAGAGCCCAGCCACCCUACGGAGAAAACUCAUUUCAGGCACUUGUACCCACGACAGCUAGAAAAAAACUACGAACCAAAUAUAGGCGAAGCCACACAUGGAAAAAUGACUGAACUAAACACAAGUAGCACAGAGGAAAGAACACAGUCCGGAGCCAGAAUGCAGUCCACAUAGGGAACAAGAAGCCGUAAUUUCAGGUGCACAGCAGGUAGCAGUAUGGGGCCCCGCCCAGGAACUAUCAUACAAGGCUCUGUGCAGACACAAAGACGGCAGCGGCAACCAGAAGAUAACCAAAAAAUAGCAUCCAUUCAUUGUUAGGAGAAUGUGGAGGGCAGUGGCGCAGCCACAAAUGUUCCAUUGGGGUGGCCAAGGUGAGACCAUUGAAUGAUGAAUUGAUUUUAACUCGCAGUCAUUAAGACAAUUCCAAUUUUAAUUCAUCAAUGACACAUUUAGGUCAUUAUUUAAAGGUUUAUUUUUUUAUUUCAUGAAUUAAUGGCACAUUUAAUAACACAUUCAUGUGUUUUGUUUAAAUGUUAAUGAAUUAA